AUGGGAUCUGUCUGCCAAGACGCUUCGAGAAAGAGAGGUCAGAAGAGGUUCGGCAGAUAUCCGACGGCAAGAGCACCUAUGGGAGAAGUAUUUCAAGAAGGCUGCUAUGUUCGUUUCACAGCUCAGAACGGCGAGACGUAUCAAGUGGACGUCUCGAAAAUGCGGCAGCGCAACCUCAGAACUGGCACGGAGCGUUUGGUCACUCUCCGGGGGCAGACCGGUUGGCACUUUGACACGAACAACACGCGAACACCGGACCCUGCGUGGCUGCCCUAUGCACGGUCACUGCACAAGAUCCUGGAUGCUGCGUACGCCUCAUUGACAGACAAGAUGCCGGCUGCAGCAGAAGAUGUGGGUUGCAAGGUCGACGAGGCAGAAUCUCAGCAGGAUUCGAAGCAAGAUGAAGCCUUUGACCCCCGAGCAGCCUGCCGAGAUUCUCUUGCGCGGGAUGGUGCUGCUCAAGCGAUUGAGGAAGUGCUUUCGAAACACCCAGCUGUCGAGUUCACCAUUGAUGAAGCCAGAGCAGCAGCGAUGUCUGGACAGGUUGAGGCUCUACGCUUAGUCCUCUGCAGAGGCCCGCAAGUCCAGCUCCAAGGCCAUGAUAUCUUUGACAGGCGGUAUCCUGGUUUCGUGUUGACCGAAGAGCACAAGCGCUGCAUCAAGGUCAUGCUUGCAAGAGGAGCUCGGCUGGGAAAAUUCGCGCCCAGCAGCAAGCUUCUUCGCAAGGUGGAGUCGGACACGCUGCUCCUCUGGACAAACCGCUUUUUGUAUUCUUUGCUGCUGAGCGGGGUAGUUCUUCCAGACCAUGUGCAGGAGCACAUCGUGCAAUUCAUUCAAGGAUGA